UUCUCAGUCCCAUCGGCAGUCCCCGUUCCGAACACUCCGCAUUCAAUUACUCUCCACCAUUCACCACAACUUCUCAUUUCAUCCAUUAAAUAUCUGUAAAAUAAUCUGAAAAAAAAACGGUAAAACUUAAACAAAAGUGUAACCUUGAGGAAAAUUCAACAAUAAUUUAUCGUUUCUCAAAAAUCGCGAAGGAGUGAACAAUUGCGUGAAAAUUGUGUUGAACAGUCGGGAUCGGUUGUCGCGGUGUGCGGUGUAUUCCAUGUUUGUCCGUUUUUUUUAGUCAGUUAUUUAUGGAAAAAUGAAUGAGUUUAUUCAACACCUUGGUUAUGUAGUUGCUACGUUACUUGUUUCAUUGCAAGUUGUUUCAUUGCCGUGAACGACCUCUUACGAUUCAUCCCCACCCAAUCUGUUCUCAAAACCUGGCCGACUUGGAUGCACCAGAAGUACCGUACGAGUAUAAAAUACCAAUUUUAUUUGGUUAUAUAUUUUUUUAAAAUCGACAUUUCGUGCAUUUUUUUUUAAUCCCGCGAUGCUUCGAGAGUGGAGGAGAAUCACCCGGCGGUGGGGAAAAUCAAACUCUAGUUGUUUCUUCAUUAUCUUCAUGGAGGACUAAUUAUUGCACUCCGGUGAUUUGUUUAAUACUGGUUUUUCUCCAGUAUCGUGAACGUGAAGGCAAAAGUCAAGUUUUUUUGGUAGUGAUGGUGUGUGUGACAUUAUAUUCUUAUUUUUUGGUGCAACAAGUUGUGGACAGCCACGAGAUCAAACGCGCUGGUUCGUGUUAUUUAAUCGCCAAUUAAUUUUUCACUAAUUUCCAAUAAAAUAUUCUGGAAAUCCCCAGAUUUCGGUAUUUUGACAAUUCAAAAAAUACAAUAAUAAUUCGUUCCACUUGCAGUCUAAACUUUUCCAAAAAAUAUAGAUAUAAAUAACACAAACUAAAAUAUAGAAUAAAAAUCUAAAAUCGAACCGAGCGAGAAAAUAGAAAACGCGUGGAAAAUUACAGCUGAUAAAAUAGCGACAGUAAUGAUUAUUGAAUGAAAUAUUCAAAAUAUUGAGGACAAAAAAAUAAUUUAAUACAAAAGAAAACUGCAAUCAGAUAUCCGUGACAAAUCCGCCGAUGCAUGUAUUCGAAAUUCUAUUUAAACCUCAAAACCAAAUCGAGUGUUAAAAAAAAAAAUGAUACGUAGCACCUCGGAAAUUGUUCGGUUCGUUCGAUUCAUCGUUAUCUCCUUGGAAAAAUAAUGAUAAGAGUUCGUUCCGUUGUGACGAGUACGUAGGUGUAAUCAGAAGUCUUUUUUCCCUGCGAUUGUGAGCAUUAAAAUUGUCAAGUACAAUCCAGUCGAUUUGACUGAAUGAAAAAAAAAGAUCUGAUGAUUUUCUCCAUUGAAGAAGUGAAACAAGUUGCACAGCUGAAUGAAGCAACAAUAGAAUAAUAAAUAGAAGUGAUAUAUUUAGCAAUUGAUUGAUGAAUAGGAACGUGAAGUGAAUGAUUCAGCUUCGUAGAAGUGAUUGCUAAUAGAGGAUAAACAAAAAAAAAAGGGCAUUGAGUUAAUUAGAGUAGACGAGUGACCAUGAUGAAGUUCAAAUCGCUGUUUCGAAGAGGACAGCAAAGCCAUUUGCCCCAUCAGCAACAGCAAACGGGGAAUUCUUCACCUCCACAGCAAGCCCAAUUGCAACAGCAGCCACAAGUUGCUCAGUCUUUGCAUCCCAGACAAGCACCAAGUGUAUCGUCACUUGAGGGAAAAAACGAUAAUAUACAGAACGUUAACUGGCAAGUUAAGGACAGUGUCAAGGGUACCAAGGUACACGGUAAAAGUACUGGAAAAAAUAGCAACAGGAUGCAGGAGCUCGAGCGUGAGCUCGAGCUCUUACGACAGGAGAGAGCCAGACUUGAGGCAGGUCUUAGAGAAUCUACACAUGACGCUAAAUUAUUUCAUGAACUUAAGAUCGAGCUUGCAUUUGUUAAGGAGCAACACACAUUAGAAGUUGAGAGGCUGACGGAGGACAAUCAGAUCCUCCGGGCUCGUCUCCGAGAUGUGGCCCAUUCGCCUCUGUCCGAUGCAGAGAAGCACCAGCUCUUGCAAGACGCAGCUCGUGAUGAGUCCUCACUGCCCCCCAAUGAUCCAUCAGCAACUCCCACCACAGAUAAUCCCAGAUGUGCAACUCCAGAAUGGGACAAGCGAUCAUCGAGUUCAGUAUCGGAGGUCUCGGUUGCUUGCCUGCAGGACCGAAUUCUCCAGAUGGAGGAAACACAUUACUCCACAAACGAAGAGCUUCAGGCAACGAUUCAAGAGCUGAGUGAUCUCCAGGCUCAAUUAUCAGAGCUUCAGACAGACAAUGAAAGAUUAACUGAGGAGAAGGGAGUCCUUCUGGAGUCACUCUGCAGGCAGACCGAAAAAUUAGAGGACUCCAGGUCGAAGGUUGACACACUUCAGGGACUGUUACUGAGGGAGGAGAAGCCCCAGGACUCCUCAAAGGGUUACAACACAGAGAGGGAGCAAAAACUCGUAGAUCUGCUGAAGAGUGCCCAAGAGGAACGUGAAUCUCUUCUCCAGAAGUUGGAGGAACUCUCCAGUGAGUUGAAGGUUCUUCGUUCAUCGGCUGAAGCUAGCACUGGAGAGGCUGAACGUUUAACCAAAAGGGUUCACCACCUGGAGGUUGCUGUGGAGGCUGGGAGUGCUGAGAGGAAGCAACUGGAUGUGGAGCUUGUUGGGGCGAGGCAGGAGAGUGCCAACAGAAAUAUCGAGAUCAGCAGGUUGGCAACCUUGUUGGAUAAUGCCAGGGCUAAGAUUGAAGAGCUUGAGCAGAGUAGGCAGGUAGAGAGUAAGAGUGAAGCUGAUGAGUUGCUUGAUGCUGCCAGGAGGGAGAAGGAUACACUGGAGACACAGGCUGCUGCACUCCAGGAACAAUUGGCUAGAAGUCACUGCGAUCAUGAUAGGUUGAGAGAUCAGUACUCACAACUGCAGGAAGAGUAUAAGGUAACGAGAAACAACGCAAAAUCCGCGAUCGACGAUUUAGAAUAUCGUUUGAGCCAAUUGAAGGACGAGAGACUGUCGGUGAAUACUGAACUGCAACUAGUACGUGAUUCACUUGCAGAGCUUCAAGCUCAGUGUCAGAGACACCUGGAGGACAAGCGUGAGCUGAAAGCUGCUCUGAGUGAGUCUCAGAGACGUGAACGAGAAGCUCAACUUCGACAAUACGAGCUCGAGCGAAACCUCAGCGAUGAGAAAAAAUUGAGGCAGAGUGAGAGCGCAGAAUGGGAGCAAUUUCAAAACGAUUUGUUGAUGACUGUCAGAGUUGCCAAUGACUUCAAGACUGAGGCGCAGUCCGAGCUGGAGAGAGUUGUCCUAGAAAAUAAAACAUUGAGGGAUAGACUGAGGGCACUGGAGGGACAGCUGGAAAAACUGAAUAAAGCACAAACAGAGUUGUCAGACACAUCAGACUUCAAAAACGAUCGAAAAAAUGUAAUAUUCCAAAGAGGAAGAACAAUUCUCCGUAAACGAAGUGUCGAAGAAAUGAAACUAUUGGAAACUAAAUCCGCAAGACCGCCGAAUCACGAAAGAAGUGCAUCAGUCUCUCAGGAAGAAGUCAAAGAGAACUCCCCGAUCUAUCGAAAUCUCUCUCAUCCAAACCUUCUAGACUCAUCUCUGAGCGCAAAAACACUUCCCAAGCACAAUCACAUCGAUUUCAACCCAAAAAAGCCCCUGGAAAGAUCAAAAAACAUGAAAAACACGAAGAACUUGUCCCUUGAGUCUAUCCAGGGGAUCCAGGGAAUCGACGAGAACUCCUAUUGGCUCCACGUAUCCAACUCGAAGUUCCUUAUUCCUCGAAAAAAGGAAGAGUCAAAUGUCGGUAGAUCAAUGGAUGAUCUGAGAUUCCAAGUGGAUCCAGAGAUGACGAGAAUUUUACGUCAGAGCCUCGAGAAAAAAUCUCAGAGUGAGACUAACGUAAGUCAAACAUUGCGACAAGAUUUAUCGAUAGCCCAGAAAAAUAUCGGGGAAAGGGAAAUUGAUAAGAUUGUGGAGGCUAAACCAAUCGUUAUCGAUAAGAGCGGAGUUGUGAAGGAUUAUGCGAUAACAACGGAAUUAGUUAAUCCUAAUCCACAUUUGAUUAUGGCUCCGAAACUUUAUGUUCCUCGAUUGUCCUGUGAUAAUAUUGAUGAUGAAUCAUCGGAUGAGGUUUAUCCUGAGAUCAAGGAAAGUAAACCGAAGAAGACCGUGAGGUUUAUCGAAUCGAAUGGAAAGUCCGAUGAUUUAAAAUUGUUGGAUAAUUCCAGAAGAAUUGAAGGAUUGAAUGAUAAAGUUAUUAAUCAGUCGAAUAACUUGCAGAGAUCAAUUAGUGAACCUUUGAGGGACGUAAAGUCCUCUAAGGUUGGAGAACUUGAUGAUGAAUUGAGACGUAAGAAGUAUUGCACAUCCAUUAAGGAUGAGUUUAGACGAGGAUCGAGUUCUGAGUGGAUGAAAUCAGAUAAAUCGACGCAGGAUGUGAGAGCUGAAGUUUCGAGUGCCGAAUCGAAUGAUUCAGAUGUUUUCACAUUUGAUUUACCGAUGAUAGGUUUGGAGCGGUCUGAAGAGCUCAAUCAGAGAUUGAAGAGAAAUAAUAUAAACAGUGCGAUGAAUAAUGGUAGAGAAUUGAAAAUAAAUAGCAACAGGCCAAUCCCUUCACCGAGGAAGUUCGUACAUUUUGAAGAAUCCAUGGGGGGGAAUAUCGAUAAAUCAAUCGUAUCGUCGUCGAAAUGUUUAGAUAGAGACUACUCAGUACUUCAGGCAGAUGCAUCAAAACGAAGAGUGAGAAAUAACUUUAUGGGGAGAACUUUAUCGUUGCGGGAAAAGUUUGAGUCUAUUUUGGAGGACGUUGAGUUGAGGCCUGAGAGAACGAUGGGAGCCAAUCAGAAAAAUCCCACACCCCCACCUCCUAGACCUGUGAGUGCACCUACAGAGACCCAGCAGAGUGUUUUAACAAGUGUUCAGCAGGAAAUGGCUGCUAGGAGGAAGGCAAAUAUUUCGAGGCAGGAUUCUAGGCUCUCAGUUAAAUGUUUAAUCGAGAGUAUUGAAAAUGCCACUAAACAAGCCAAAGCUGGACCUGGUAGCCGAAGCAGUUCCACUUCGUCGUUGAAUUCCAUUGGGACCAAUGAUAUUUUAUCGUUAAAAGCACCUCUAAGAGAUCAACAACAGAUUAAUAAUUUAAUUUGUGCUGCUAACCCAACGAAUAAUAAUAAAACACAAUCUACUGGCAAUAGGAAACUGACAUUAUCAGAAUCACAAAAAUCAUCAGGACCAGUGAGCCUGAGUGCCGGUGAACUGUUGGACUCAGCAGCUUUGAAUGCAAAGGCAAUUGACUUUGUACGAAGGAACAGUGUGACUGAUCUCUCUGAACGGAAAGAUCCACUGUGUGGUCUCGUAAAGAAUGGAGGAUCCAAGCGGAAUGCUUUAUUAAAAUGGUGUCAGAAUAAAACUGUUGGCUACAGGAAUAUUGAUAUCACCAACUUCAGUAGCUCCUGGAACGAUGGACUAGCUCUCUGCGCUAUUCUUCACUCUUAUUUACCUGAUAAAAUACCGUAUGACUCACUGAGUCCAUCUGAGAAGCGCAGGAAUUUCUCACUGGCAUUUUCUGCAGCCGAGAGCGUUGGAAUCCAAACUACUCUGAAUAUUGGAGACAUGUGUCAACUAGAACGUCCCGACUGGCAGCAAGUGAUGACCUACGUAACGAGCAUCUACAAGCACUUUGAGACAUGAACGUGCAUCAAAAUAAAAAAUAAAAAAACUUGCGAUUUAUUUAAAUAAUAUUUUGAGUGAAAGAUGGCAUCUAGUCAAUCGAAACUCUGAAAAUCGAUUCAAAGGUACGGAAAAUGAAUGAGAAAAGGCAGGAAAUAAUGAAACACUGAGGAGCAUGUGACGUGCGCCAUAAGAAAUAUGACUAACUUCUUUUUAACUAAAUGAGACUGAUAAAAGCACCGACUACAUGAAGUGUAUUUUGAGCAUUUUUGUCGUCCACUUAAAUGGAUAGAAAAACUAUUGAGAAAAAUAUCUCCACGUAAUUGUUUAUUCCGUUGAAUGUUAACAGGGAGAAUGGAGAAAAAAUAUCUUCAAUUGAAGUGGUGAAACACAGUAGUGACAUUUUGAAUCUUUUAAUUAUCGGAUCAUUUAAAAAACAAGUCGUUUUAAGGAAAUCAUCUACUUAUUCAAUUGGCAAUGGAAUGUUGCAACACCAAAUUUUUUUCAAUAUUUUCCUGUUAUUUAUAUUAUUAUCAAAAUAAUUCAACAAAUAAGAAUUGAUUAUGAAUUCCGAUUGAGUAUUAAAUUUGGAAUAUUUGUUAUUCAAUUAAUUGAUUUCAAAGGAAAUUAUAGACAGAUCUUGUUUGCAGCUGAUGAAAUUCUUAAUGAACGAUAUCUUUAGCAUUUUUUUAAAAUCCAUUAUUUAAUUUCGUUUGACCAUUUCAGUGCAUAUUAAAUCCUCGGAAAAAUUGAUUGAUUGUGUAAUAUGAGUAUUCCCCUAUCGUAUUAUUUUUAAUUUAAUCUGAUAGUUGCCACUCCCUUAUAAAAGUAGUACGUAACAUAUAAUUGAUGAAGACAAAUGGAACAAACUGUAUAGGAAUUGGAUAGUCUUAAGUCACCUAAUUUAUUCUAUUUAGUCACAUCUAGUAUUUUUAAUUGGAUAAUCCUCCACAAAUGAAGAUUUAAAUGAGUUCGAUGUUUACUUAUUGGAUUGAAACUAUUUUCACGUCUUUUUUAAACGAAUGAUUUUUUUUUAAUUUCAAGUGAAAUCGUUCACGAUCCUUCGAUGAUUAAGAACUCUGUGAUAUAGUAUUUAUCGUUGAUUGACUUGUUCUAUGCCCAUAAUGUCCCCCGCGAUUGAUCCAAUUGGAUCGUUAUAUUUUAUUAUACAGAAUUAAAAUAUAUUCAUUGAAUAAACGAAACAAAUGUGAGCUGCAAUGGAA